GAAAUACUCAAAUGAAAAAUGAGUUUUCGUCAUUAGUUUAUAUAAAACUACAAGUCAGCAUAAUGAUGACUCCGCAGGUAAUUAAUCCAGCUCUGCAGCAUUCCUUGGCCCAAUUCCAAUGUUAUCAACUCAGACAUGCCUGAAUGUUUCACAUUCCUACGGAAUCAACCAGUUAAACACGUAGUUUCCUCAAUACUUGUGUGUUCCUUGUUGCCUCUGAAAUAGUUGUGUUAGUUAGUUGAAUUGUUCCUCUGUAAAUAUCUGAGAAAAUGUCAUUACCCUGAUGAUAAAUACUUACUGUAAACUCCAAAUGAUUGUAUUGUCUUGUGCUGAGACAUCCACACAAAGGACACGUCUAAAUUCUUACAGACGGAAAAUCAUUACAAUUACUUGGGCGGCAAUUGCCAUUGAAUUCACUUGGAGCUUUUACUUCCUGUGAGAAAACAUCAGUCGGCGUGGCACUGUGUCUCCACUUGGCGGGCCAGCCUGUCUUCUUAAAUGGGGGCCAGUCAAUGAGCUUUUGCCUGAGCAGGUGUCACUUCCUUUCUACAGGCUGCUGCAUUCAAUCAGCUGAUUCAGCACAGAGAGGCUGUGUGCUGUGUCUUCUCUGGCCUCCACACUGCUAUAGCCUUUCACCUCCUCCCUGCCUCCACCCUAUCCCCCUAACAAACAGCCCAGCUGACCCUCCCAUCCCCCCACAAGCCUCCCCUCACACACCCAUGCCACAUGAAGCCCAGCUCUUAGUGAGUGAGUGGAAAAAGUUACACCAGUCUUUCUGUGUGUUGGCCAGGCAAUCGAAUGCAGCAGCACACGCCACUGUCCCACAAGCUGAGCUGCGUCUGAUCCCAGUCCUCUACUCAAGACAGCCCCAGCAUGGAGAGCCCCUUGAGUGCAGAAUCAGCUCCCCCAACCCCAGCUCCCAGAAACCAUACUCCUUCUCCAAGUCCAAGAGCUGAGGCACAAGAGUUGAGAAUGGAGGAGAAAGAGAGAACAGUGGACACAGAGGAGGACCCUAUAUAUAUGUCUCUGUUAUCAGAAGUGGUUGUGGAUGAGCCAGCAGAGGAUGCAUCAGAGAAGGCUGAGGAGAGAGCUGAGAGAGAGGCUCAGAGGCAGCUCCUGGCCACAGAGGAGCUGGUCUACACAGAGAGGAACUACCUGAGACUCCUCCAGGUUUGCACCAGCACCAUCAGGAGCAACCUGCAGAAACUCCAGCCACAGCUGCCUAACCUGGACAGCAUGUUCCUGUACAUAGAGGAGGUGAUCGACGUGUCAGGACGCCUCCUUAGCCUCCUGGACCAGAAGCAGUUGACACCCCAUGAUCCUCUCUUCCUGGAGACUCUAUGUGAUGCCUUCCUCAGUCUAUCAACAGACAUGGAGUCAGCAUACAAGGAGUACCUGGCCAACUACAACACCGUCACAGCGUUAGAGAACAGCUACAAGCAGAAAGAUGCCCUGUGGACUGAGAUAGUGAAAGUCAUCAAGUCCUCAGAGCCAGAGGUGAAUGCCACCUCUCUGAGCUUCUUCCUGGUGAUGCCAGUCCAGAGGAUCGCCCGCUACCCUCUUCUCCUCCAGACCAUCAUGAAACACACAGAGCCUGGGCACCCGGCCUACUCUCUUCUGGAGCAAACUGCCCGCACCGCCAUAGCCCUGAACUGCAGGAUCAAUGAGUACAAACGCUUCAGAGAAGUAGCCGACAAAUACAAGAAGACGGAAACCCUGACUAUAAGGGAUAAGAUGAAUCGUCUGAACAGCCACAGCAUCGCUAAGAAGACGGCCAGACUGAGUCAGUUCAUCAAGCAUGAGACGGGGAUUGCACCAAAGCUGGUAGAUGAGGAGUUUGAUGCCUUGGAGGGUUUUUUCUAUCUCCUUGAAAAUGGUAUCACCGUGCUACAUGAAAAUGUGGAGACAUAUCUAGACCAUCUACAGAGGUUUCUGAGCUGUCGACCAGAGGAGUUUGAUCUUGACAUGGAUGGUGAGAAGCCUGCUAUAUGCUACAAAGAAAUCAUAACAGCACUGAGGCAAUGGAUACUUCCUACAUUUGAGAAGAGGAUGAGGACUUUGGUCCACAAGCCCAUCUGUGCGCUGAGAGAGCUCCUGGCGGGGCCUCGUAACCUGAUCAGUAAGCGUCUGGAUAAGCUGCUGGACUACGAGCUGAUCGAAGAGAAGCCCAGUCUGAGCUACGAUGAGCAGGCGGUGGCUAACACCUAUAAGACCAUCAACACCCUGCUCCUCAACGAGCUGCCCCAGUUCAACGGCCUGGCCCUCACCCUGCUCUGGGGCAUGCUGGGGGCUUUCAGUUGCCUGCACAAGGACCUGGCUAAAGACAUGGAGCAGCUCUUCCAGGGCUUCACCCAACAGCUCCCUCACGGUUCCCUGGAGCCGAAUGCAUUCUGGGAGUGGGCGGAGUGUUCGGUGCUGGAGGGUGCAAGGAGGCUGGAGAGUCUGUGUUGGAAUGUGAAGGACCAACUCAAUGCUCCCAUUGUCCAGCCUCUCAGCCCUGGCUCUCAGAAGCGUCUGAAGGUCCUCACAGACAAGCACGGCUCAGGGAAGAUCUACCAGCUGAUGGGUCAUGUGGUGGGGACCAGAGACCUGGACCUGAGCCUGAACAGAGGAGAGCUGGUGGCCAUCAUCAGUGAGAUGGACACACGGGGCGACAAACGACGCUGGCUGGUCGACGCUGGGGGUCCAAGAGGAUACGUCCCCUCCUCCAAGCUGGUACGUUACCACCAGGUAACUAUGGAUCCUCCCCCAUCCCCUCAUCUGAUCACUACCAUGGAUCACGCUGGGGGGGUCAGACGACACUCCUGCACGCCUGGCGUCAGGCGACCCUCCUACACCCCUGAUACACCCCAGCCCCGGCUCCUGAGGUCUAUGUCGAUGACAGUUCCCUGCCUCCAGGUGCUCGCAGGCUAUGACUUCAUGGCAAGGAGCAGUCACGAGGUCUCUCUGAGGGCGGGGGAAACAAUCAGAGUCCUGGAACCCCAUGACAAGAAGGGUAGCUGUGACUGGAGCCUGGUGGAGGUGCGGGGGCAGAGGGGAUACGUGCCCUCCAACUACCUGACAGUGAUGCCCACAUCCACAACGCCCACCGCCCCUUACCGUUAGGGUUGCCCUGGGUAACCAGCCACCAGCCGGUCUGAGCUAGACACUGCCACUCAACCCUUCACUGCCAUACAGCUCAUCUUAGCAGGGGAAGCCUACAUCCACUGGAGAGAGAGAGAGAGAGAGAGAGAGAGAAGGAGAGUUUGUGUGCUGUUGAUUGAAUCACAGAUUUGUGUGUGAAGUGGCGAGGCUGGCAUUUGCAGGUAGAGUGCUCCAAGCCCUCAACUGCAGCUCUUAUUAGCAUGUAAGUGGGAGGCCGCUUCCAUCACCAGGAACCAGGGGUGCAAUCCUGUUUUUUCCCUGGAGAGACUGACUGACAGGCAGGUAGGAAUGCCUCAGCACAGCAUGAUGAUAGAGAAGAGCAGGCAGUCCAUCAAGCUUAUCUGUCUGUCUGGAGUUCUCACUCACUCACUCAAUUCAAUUCAAUUCAAUUCAAGGGCGUUAUUGGCAUGGGAAACAUGUGUUAACAUUGCCAAAGCAAGUGAGGUAGACAACAUACAAAGUGACUCACUCUUACACACACACACACACACACACACUACGUAGGUCUGGGCGCUGGCAGUUAAACUGAUGGAAAUAUGUACAAACUCCAUUUUGAUGUACCACUAGCACUGUCAGGUGACUUGGCCACUGACGUUGACAGUAAUGCAGUUUAUGCUCAGGCUAAAUAGUUUUCUGAUUUCUAGGAAGAAUGAGGUCGGCAAACCGUAAUGCUAGAUUGCAUGGUCAAAUAAGGAAAGUGGUUAAGAUAACUUGUUCAAAUGGAUGAAGCGGAUCUAGUUUGAUUCCAGACAUGAAAUGGCAGCAAAGGUGUGUUACUAAAGCAAUGACAUCAUUAGGUUGAUAUGGCUUUAAUAAGACAGUUGUUGUACUGCAGCUAGCGGAGCUUUCUCAUUGGUCCAAAUAUCAGGGCAGAGUGAGAAGACCAGACAUUACCUGGUGCUGCAUCUGGGCUGACAGACAUAACUGUCUUCUCUCAGCUGGCCACAAGGGGGCGUACCACACCAGCGCUCACCCAACAGAUGUCUGUUGGCUUUACCUUUAGCCUCUUCAAUAUUAGCUCAGUCGACAGUGACAUUAAUCUUCUGGUGGAUGUCACACAACCUAAACAUGUUCAUAUCUUACCGGUGUGGUCAUGUCAUUCCUUUUGCUGUCAAUAUCUGCUACAUAAUAUGAUCUAAAGAGAAUGUUCUCUCUGUAAGCCCACUGUCAAGGUAUAGAUGUCAUGUUUUUUAAAUUGUUUUUAUUUCAUUGAUUUAACACAGCAGGACCGUGCGUCAGGCUUUUUAUAAUAAUCUCGGAUGAUAUGAAGGAAGAAAUCGCUGUUUGAAAGGGAGCACGGCUCUGUCAGUGCAGCAUAGUCAUUGUUAUGCAGAUUGGUGCAGAGUAGUCACUGUGCCCUGGGUAAUACAGCGCUCAAGCUGGGUAUGCAGCUCUUCAGAUAGUCACCUCUAUUUUACCAUGUUGACUCAGAACAGGAUUUGUAUUAGGCUCUAAGAUGGUGCAGUUUCUGAAUUUGAGAUAUCAUUUAAGGAAAGGCCACAUACCUGUAGAUAGUGGUGGUCUAUAUGAGAGUUAUGAUAACAGAGCUUUCACUAUGUUAGCAACAAAAUGGAGAGUAAUCACGUGUAAAAUGGAUGUCAGGGCUUUUAAUGUUGUACUAACCAAACGAUGCUACUGAGUGACACGUGUUGUCCUCCAUAUGACAUUUAAACGUGUGGCGUAUUCUGUGUUUGUGGUCGUCACUGCCUCAGCUAAGGACGGGUUGUCACCAGGGAUGUGAUGCAGUAACUCCCUGCAGCUACUGCUAACCCUAGUAUGACAGAACCCUACACAGCUCUAAAAAUAAACGUUCUCUCAUUCAAUGGUUCUAUAAAUAGCCCACUGUCUGUAUAGGAUCUUCUGUUGGACCCUUGGCCUCCCCCUGCUGGUCACUGUUGGAACAGCAGUUUUACUCAUUUUCUGGGUGGUACAUCGCAAAACAGCUACUGCAAUACUACCUCUACAGUGUUUCUGGGCUGCUCCUGGCGUAAUGCUACAAGGGAGUAUACAGAAAGCAAUUAUAUUGGUUUUACUCUCUGUCUUAGAUAAUUGGGCUCCUGAUUGUGAGGGAAAUCCAGUGCUUUAAUCAGGCAGGGCUGAAUCAAGGCGUCCAUGUUGUUUCUGUCAGAAUGUAGAUCAGCGGCUGCACAAUAACAAUGUCUAUCUGGCUGCAGCCUCAUAUUUGUGCUGGGCAGAAUUUAUUGUCCAAUCACGGGGGGCUAUAUUACGGCAGUCAAGGGAGAGAGCAUCUGUGUGCCGGGGGGCAUUUUUCCUGGAAGAGUUCCCUCCCAAUUUGGGAGGAAGAGUUGAAUCACAUUGAAUGUGAUGGGGGCUGAUCCAUCCAAGCCGCACUAGGCUGGCCACAGAAAUGGCAGCAGUAGGCCUGUCCUGGGCGCUUUAAACCAGGGCUGUAUUUGGUAACCAUUUGGCAACGCUCCUGAUGCCGUUGCUUCUUUAAGGCCCUGUCAGCUGAUCUCUCUGGAACAACCAAUUUAGUUUUAACAAUAGCUCGUCCCCUGUACUGCUGGACUAGAAUGUGAAAGUCUCCCCUGGCUUGUAGCAAAUGUCUGGGGUUUAGAAGGUAGUGGUGAGACAGGUUAGGGAGGCACUCUGCCCCCAUGCAGCCAGGAAGCCCCUUUCUCCUGAUGUUCCCCUCGGGGACCUGGGGAGAGAGCCACUGACAUGGUGCAAUCACCUCACCGUCCACUGGCUAACUGUGUGUCAGUCAGUCGAGGGACAGAGCGGGAGUGGGCCACGGCAGUCAAGCGGAGCAGAUCUCCUAGUCAGGGGGAUUGACUAGGCAAAAAAUUCACAAAAAUCCACAACAUCAGGAGUUUAUUGCUUUCUCCUUCAGUUUCCAGACCCUCUGAAUAAGACAUGAAUAGAGAUGGAACAUGGACACACACACACUGACAUUCUGUAAGAGAUGCAGUUCACCAGGUUCCCUUCAACUUGAUAUAAUUUAAUCCAUAAGUUUGCUACACAUUGACUUGAAACUUAAUUCGUUAUGCCUUUUGCAUUUGAAGGAAGUUAUUUGGCCUGCAAUAGACUAGAGUCCUGUCCAGAGAGUGUACUUGUACAUCAAGCUGCUGCACGCUACUGAAAGAGGAGAUACAACGGCCCAUAGGGCAGAAGCCUGUCUUCAACAGGGACACUUACGUGACAUUUAUAAAGUCAUUGCUUUGAUGUUCUAUAACUCCAUGCUUUCAAUUGGCCAAACAUAUUUUGUAACCAAAGAGUAGUCAAGGAUUGUUUACAUGUUGAUCUGCCCUGUGCUCUAUAGGGCAGUGCCCUUUCCCUUAGUGGAAAUCACAUUGACCCCUGUGUGUGGUGACAGUGAGACAGAAUGGUCUGGGGCCUAAUCAGACUGAAGGAGGGGCCCAGGCAAGAGUGGAGAUUUGAGGGCCAGGGGGAUAUGUGGCUAAAGGGGCAGGCAACACCCCCUCCCUCCUGACUUUUACUAAAAUGAUGGCUAACUCUGACUCCAUGGCCUCCUCUCUUUCUCUCUCACUAUCUGCGAAUAGUGGCACUGAGAUGCCACUCUUUCUUUAUUUAAACCCUUCGAUAUGCAGGCAUGGACUGUCAUGGCUACUGGCCAGCAUUUGUCCCGCAUGGUGGACAGGCAGCCGCUCAAGGUCCUUUCCUGCUCUCUAGAGCUCUCUCCUCCUCUCCCUGCUCUCCUCCUCUUCCCAUCUCUAGAGCUCUCUUCCCCUCUCUAGAGCGCUCUCCCCUUCUUCUCCCCCUGUACUUCUCUCUAGAGCUCUCUCUCCCUACACUCUCUUGUAAACAGUACUGGCCUAGGAUGUCAGGGAUGUAAACAGUACUGGCCUAGGAUGUCAGGGAUGUAAACAGUCAUCACAUGGGUGCAGGACUUAGCGCUUGCGACAGUAGGGCACUCAGAGACACGCAGAGGGGGGAAGGAAGAGGGGGAUGUUUAUGUUCAACGUUAUAAAGGAGCCCAUCCCAGUCAUCCAACCUGGCACAAACUAUAUGGCAUGUCCCCCUCUGGCAACCCGAUAAGGCACUUUAUAAUAUAUUAUAUUACAUGACACUAAGCUCUAUAGCGUUUCAUUUAUUCAAACUCUUGGAGUUCAAAUUCGUAAUCGCUGCAGUGAAAGUUUAGCUGAUGCUGUGGGCUAGAGAAAUAUUUGUUUUGAUUAGAUUUGGUACUAUUUUAAUCUCGCUCUUUAAAAUGUCAAUCAUCUCAUGUUCUCUUGUUGCUGUAGUGUACAGUAUGGACUAUAGCUUACAGCCAAAUGAAAUGCUAUAUUGCUAUAGUAGGAAAUAACUUUGUUUUUGCAGUUGUACAUGUUUACAUUAAACAUAUAUACAGUA